AUGACAACACCGGAUCUACCUCCAGAGAUAUGGCAGGAAAUCUUGUCCCAUGGCUCACCUUCCGCGGUUAUGAAGAUGAUGGGAGUCAGCCGUUUCCUUUUUGAACGUGCUCUGGACUAUAAAUACGAAGGGAUGCGCCUCAUCUCAGAUGGCGAAAGAGAGAUAUGGAGAUUUGAACAAUUGAAUAAGCCCAGCAUUGCAAGGCGUGUCCAGCGUCUUUACAUCCGACCUACUUUUCUCCCUGCCAAACCGACCGACCCUCCUCCGGAGACUUCGACACCCGUCCGACAAUACCUGGCAGAUGCUCGUCGUGCUUGUCUCAAGGUUGCCAGUGGCCUCUGGAACCCAACGAGGACUGGUACAGAUUUGGACAAGCCUGUCGACGCCACUUCGCGCCUCCUCGCAGCGGCUGCCAAUUCCCUUCCAAACUGCUCCAACCUUACCGAGAUAUCACUGGUUGUGCAUGAUCUCGAACUCACCGACAAGUUUAUAUCCUUCCUACACACUCUCUGGAGUGCGAUGGGAAAACAGGUCAGGCGAUUCUCUCUCGCAACAACCUGCUCCAAGUUCCCAGCUCUUCUUGCAACGACGUUUCAUGACGAACAACACCACGGGAUCGAAUCCCUCGAGUUCGUCAUUGCCAACUCCCGAUUCUCGGGUUCUUCAGAGUCGCAAGAAGCUGGUGAAAGCAGACGACCAUCUGUUGAAGAAAAGAAAGCAUCCACAGCAAUGUCCCAAUUCAUUUCACUCUCACAUCGCACCCUCACACACCUCUCGAUCUCGACGGUUCAAGAAUUCGACCUGUCCCAACUCUUCUCCACGCUCGCCCUCACCCCCUUUCCUCGCCUCUCCAAAUUCGAGCUGCACUGUCACUUGAAUACCACGAUGCCCUCAAACUCACAGACUCUUGUCGAUCUCCUUGACGCCAAUAAGCAAUCACUCGAACAUCUAUGCCUUUACCCUCGAACCGGGUUUGGGGCCUAUUACCCAGUCGCAAGCUCCUUGGACAGUUGGCUGAACAAAGAGUUCACACAACUCACCCUUCCCAAGCUGCACACGCUGGAGGUCGGGCUACGACCAAUGUUCGACUGGACCACCCAGUCGCCUAUCACACUCCCCAAACUCGUCCCUGCAAUUACCCCUCAGCUACAAGCCCUGGUCAUCAAAAGCGAAGGAGGUUUCGGCGCCCCGGAAGUUCGAAACGUGCUCGAGAUGACGGAGGGGAAGUUGGAAAGGCUCGAGAUUUACGUCCACAAGUUUACACUUGCGAUAUUGGAUUCGUUGGCCAACGAGUUGACGCCGAAGCUUCAGUCGCUCACCGUGGCAUAUGACAAGGCCGCAGGGUGUCGAUAUGAACUUGAAGAAAGAGCGACCCUGCGGUACCCCAAGUGGCCACUGAAACAGCUCAGAGUGGGGUAUAAGAAGUCGUGUGGGAUGAUUCAUCCUGACCCUGAGAUGGCAGAGGCAAUCGCGCAGGCCGUCCCGGGGCCCGUAGAAGUAGACGUUGAAUACAUCUGUCCCUGUUAG